AUGAUCAGAAACUUGACAGCCGAGCUCCAGACUCCUGAAAAUAGUCAAAAUGACCGAAAAUCAUCUGAAAAAUAUAUGUUGUAUCUUAUUGACCUGUACUGUAUGGGAAAUAUUAACAAGUAA